GGGGAGGAGUGAGUGAUGUGGAAGGGGAGGAAUGCGCUCGUGAUGUAGGGCGAGGGGAGGUGGUGGAGGAAUGGAUGAUGCUGAUCCGUAGAGGGGAGAAGGAGGAUUCUGUGUGCGGAAGAGAAGGGUUGCCCGGGUCGUCGCGAUGGCCAUGAAAGCUCUACUCGGGCUGUCGUUCGGAGGGGCCCUGGGCCUGGUGCUGCUGGGCCUUGCCUGUGCCCUGCCCAUGUACAAUGUGUUCUGGCCGCUGCUGGUGCUGACGUUCCACGCGCUGGCGCCCGUGCCGGAGCUGCUGUGGCGCCGUGCAGGCCGUGACUCUGACGCAGGGAGCAGCUUGGGGCGAGAGAUCACCCUGUUCCUCAUCGCCGGCGCCGUCACUAGCGCGUUCGGGCUGCCCAUCGUCCUCGCGCACACAAGCGUUAUUCAAUGGGGCGCGUGCGGGCUCACGUUGGCUGGAAACGCCGUCCUCUUCAGCACGGUCCUCGCCUUCUUCCUCGUGUUUGGGCAAGAAGACGACAUCGGCUGGAGUCAAUGGUGACUCCUAGUCCGGCCUCAACGUUCCUCGCUCUGUAAACAUUCGUCCUUUUUAUAUGUUUCUUUAAACAACGUUUUGUAAUGUGCAGACCUCCUGAUAGUGUAUGCACUUAGUAGACAAAAAUACAUAGGCUGACCUUUAGCAUCCCUGGACAGAGAGGCCACAGAGGAGACAACCUUCUGUUGCUACAUGCAAUAAUUUCCAUGUCCUGGGCUUGGCCAACGUCACGUGACAUCUUUACCACUUCCCAAGGCCUUGUAAUAAACCCAUCUGAGACACUUUUUUUGGUCAAGUUCUAGGCAAGAGCAGGUUGGUGGAAAAGAGACAAAAGUGAAAUGUAUUUCAAUGUUUGUUUUUGUAGAAAAUGUUAAAUGAUGUUCAAAGUUAAGUUUCUUUGAAAGCUUGGCCCACCGUUAAGUGAGGACAUGAUGACACGAAACACUAAUGUGGGGUCAGUGACCUGCCUACUAAGGAUAUGGUUGGCCUAUUGGCUGGCGCACAACCUUUUAAAGUGGUUGGCGAAGGGCACUACUACUGGAGGGUCGUGACCCCCACAAAUCAAAAUCAGAAUCUUUAUACUGGAGCAAUCCAAUGAGCUAUAAAGCUAUUUUUCACGGAUGUCACAGAAUACCCAAUGCAAGCAUUAUCAAUAGUAAUGUUCACAAAUGGUUUACACGUUGUGCCUUUCCUUUAUAGUAGCGGCUGUGACAUCCAUCCCUCUCCUCCCAUACAGUAUCUCCAUGUUUACCAAAACUCAAUGCCGCACAGAAUUACCAAAGCACAUUGUAAGCUGUGAAGCAGACAUUAAAGACCGUGAUCUAAUUCACAAGAUUUGGCUACUGGGUAAUUCACCGUUUCAGUCGCGAAAGAUUAUUGCGUAGUGGGGGCUAAAUGAUGGACUAUAACAACCACUGCCUUCACCUCAUUACUUCCAGGUGAGGAUGAUUUACUCGUGGUGAAGAUGAUGCUGAUAAUGGCAAUUAAUGAUUGUGUUAACCAUAUUUAAACAUUCUUAGCUCUUUCGGUAAAGUCACGUUGAAGGGAAACAAAAUAAUAAAAUAUAUAAACAUUUGUGUGCGCGUUGGCAUUAACAUGCUAUGUUGGGACUUUGGUGUUUACCAUCUGUUCAGAGGUGCAGAUAAUAACCCUAACCCACGUGAUCUAAGAGCAGGAUAUAUUUAUACGUUAGGUGUUCAGCAAUGCACAACAUCGAAUCGUGGUUACAAGAACAAAUUAUUUUUGUAGAGGCACUGUCCUGCACAUAUUGUAAUUGAGGCGCUGCUCCAAUGAAUUGUCACGAAUUUCGACACGCAAACUGCCACGAGGAGAAUCGAUGCAAAGUUCGAGAUGACGCAUUUUCAAAUUGGUUUUGACCGUCUUGUCAACUUUCUAACCCAAAUAAAGAUGCCCUUCCCCA